AACUAUAUGUAAACUAAUGCCUAUUAUACUAGUUAACUGAAGUGUAAUCCUGGAAUCUCAAAGUCAAUCUACUCUGGCAAAGGAUAUUUAUUAUCCAUAUUCCCUCAUUCCUUAGGUUAUCAACGAGCCGCCAAUUUAUAUUAUGUAUUAUUCAUCAUUGAUAUAUAGUGAUAUCUAUUGUAUGUGUAACUGAGCGUAUUAUUGUUUCGUUUUGUCUUGCCACUUGCACAUGUGGCCCUAUCAAAUUAAGGAUUUGGGUAAAACACAAGGGAUCGUUUAUCAUUUAUUGGACUUUGAUGAUAUAUUAAGUCCGAGGUUAAUGGCUAGGUAAAAAUGUGGUUGUUUUAGUUGAUCUAUUAUCUGUCUCUUAUAUCUUCUAAUAACAGGGGUCAAGAUGCAUAUAACAACAACUGACUUUCGCGUUUUCAACGUGUAUAUGUUUAUUAAAUGGCUUACAAUUGUGGUCAUUCGUACUUUUUUCAUGAAGGUAACCGUUAUAAAUGAAGAGCGUCUUCCUCUUUAUGGUCCUGUUAUUUUGGUUGGAAAUCACAACAACCAAUUUAUAGAUGCGGCAACUUUGAUUUAUGCGGUCCCUCGGCAAAUAAGUUUUCUAAUGGCUGCUAAAUCACUUGCUCGUCGUAUGAUUGGUAGUUUAGCUCGAUUAGCAGGAUGUAUUCCAGUUCACAGACAAGAAGAUUUGAAAUAUGCUGGCAUUGGGAAAAUCACAUGGGAAGACAAUUCAACCACUAUACGUGGUGUUGACACACAUUUCACCAUGGAUGUCGGUGUAGGUGACAAGCUCUUUUUUAUAGAUGAGAAAAUCGGGGUUGAGAACGUCACCUCUGAUACAGAGCUCACUUUGCAGCGUCCUAUUUCGCGACCUUGCAAAGACAAAAAAAACGGUGAAGAGUUUGUGAUUUUACCCAAGGUCGACCUUUCAGAUACUUAUGAUGCGGUCUCUACUGCACUGAGGUUUGGAAAUUCUAUCGCAAUAUUCCCUGAAGGAGGGUCUCACGAUCGCACCAAUUUGUUGCCAUUAAAACCAGGUGUUGUAUUAAUGGCCAUAUAUUCGUUACUUGAUGGUGCUGAAGAUGUCGUGAUUCUUCCGGUUGGUCUUGCGUAUGGUGAUAGCCAUGGACUUCAAUCAAACGCUACAGUAUAUUACGGUACAGGAAUAACUAUAUCAAAGCGUGACGUUGAAGAAUUUCAAGUUGAUCGUCAUACCGUUGUCAACCGUAUUUUGGGUAUCAUUGAAAAGGGCUUGAGCAGUUGCAUGAUUACCGCUCCUAACAAGGACAUUAAGGGUUGGAUAGAUCUAUGCGGUAGUUUGUAUCCUCCAGAGAGAAGUAUGGUUCCUACAAACAAAGCUUUUGAGUUACGUAAAAUAUUAGCCAGAAUAUUUUGGGACCACGGUGAAGAUCAUAAGACUAAGGAAUUGAUAAAGAAACUUGCUAGUUACAAGCAAAUGCUAAAAAACAGCUUCUUGCAUGACGAUGAAGUAUGGUUAUUAAGACAGUCUUUGCAUUCUGCAACUUUAUUAUUCGUGGAGCAGGGUAUUAUGUUCUUUUGUUACUGUUUCCUUGCUUUGUCUUUCUUCCCCCUAUGGUUCCCAAUGUACAUCAUAUCCAAGAUUUUAGCUGAGCAGCAUCGUCAGAAGGCGUUAAAGGCCUCAGUUGUCAAAUUGGAAGGCGCUGAUGUUGUAGCAAGCUACAAGAUUUUGGUUUUGAUGGGAAUUACUCCUUUAUUUAAUUUGGGAUACGGUCUCUUAUUGGGAUUGUAUUUCGGUCGUAAUCCGAAAGAUAUUGCCCUUAUAGUUAUCGGCUCUAUGGUAGUGCUCCCACUUUUGUAUUACAUAAAUUUGCGCUAUUUCAACGAAUUACCAAUGUUAUUGCGUCAAUUACAUAUUUUCCCUUUGAUCUUGAUGGGCAAGAUCAAUGUAUGGCGUGAAAACGAAAGGGAACUCAUUACAACACGAACAGAACUGCAACUAUUGGUACGGGAGUUCAUACACGAGGUUGGACCUAAGGUAUGCGACAACUUUAUGGAUGAUUUGAACGCCAUAAUGCCAAAAGUGAUGAUAGAUGCUGACACAAGUCGCCUAAAAAGGAGCAAAAGCCAAUGGGUGCCCAUAUUCGCUAAAAAUUAUUACUCGGAAAAUGGCGAGGAAAUUCUUUGAUUUGUUCUGGGACCUACUAUGCGUACAAAUCCCACUACAAAUUAUUCAUA